AUGGCCACCCCAGCCCGCCUCCUCCAUAUUCUGGCGUGGCUGUUUCUCACAGUCGUCGGUGACGCUUCCGCGUCGCCCGUGGACCUUUAUUCUGUGGAGACUUCCGGGCAGUCUCUGUCAAAACGAGGGCCAUAUAUCAGCCAUGCGAACGGCACCACCUCCGUCAUUGACCCCAACUCGGGAAGUAUCAUUGCGCAAGGUUCUCCCUCAGACGGUAGCGGCCAUGAUUUCUCCGCCCCAGCCAUCAUUUGGAUUGUCUAUUCGUUCGCUGUUGGCGUACCCUUAGCCUUAGUCGGACUCAGAUUGUUGAGGUUCACCUCCGGCACUGGCCUCGGUGUCCUUCUCACUGUCUGCAUUUGGGUUGCCUUCAUCAAUACGGAGACGGCCAGCGCCUUACCGGAUCUCGUCAUUACUCUCGCACCUGUCGGCGGCUUUCUCGUUGCCUUCUCCUUCGGCAUGCACGAAUUUGGCCGAGUCGCAGGCAUCGGAUUCCUGUCGAUCCUGGGAGGCUUUGCAUUUGGCGUGCGCAUAUGUCUCUUCCGUGACGGGUUGCUUGCACCCGAGCACUAUGCAGACUGGCUGAUCAUCACCGGAUUUGGCAUCAUUGGUCUCCUCAUUUUCGUUUGGAAACGGAGAGCAUCAGUUGCGCUAUCGUCCUCGUCCGUCGGCACAUUCCUGACGGCGCUGGGGAUUGACCUCGUCGUUGAGAAACAAUCCGGCAUGAGUUGGGGCUUGCGUUUCCUGUUCGAUCGCAACCAUGCUCAUUUCGAGUAUCUCACAUACGUGGGCUGGCGACCGACUACCGUUACUAUCAUCCUUCUCGCUGUAUCUCUCGGUCUUACGCCUGUUCUUGCGUUUGCACAACUGUGGAUCUUCCGACGUCGACCGGAACAUACGUCCAUCCCAACAGUGGAUAACCGAUUGUCGACAGAGUAUCACUCGGAAGAUAAGACUCUGGAGAUUCCGCGGGUCGCGAUACAGUACGCACCUUCACAGGAGCCUACCGAGCCGGCAUAG